CGCGGGGCAGGCCGCGCCCCUCCCGGAACUGGCCGGCGCGGCGCGGCGGGAGGAGCGGCGGGAGCGGGGCGGCCGCGCCGGGGCCAUGGAGCUCCUGCCCGCGGGCGGGGCCCGGACGGGGCGCCCGGAGCACGCGGCGGGGCCGGCGGGGGUCCAGGCCCGCCCCGCGAGGCCGCGCGGCGCCCGGGACUCGCGGGAGGGCGAGGGGGAGCCGGGGCCGGGGCCGGGGGGCGGCCGCACGAGCCGCACGGCGUCCCUGGUGAGCGGGCUGCUCACCGAGCUCUACAGCUGCGCCGACGAGGAGGCGGCGGCCGGCGGGGGGCGCGGGCCCGGGGCGCGCCGGCGGCGCCGCGACAGCCUCGACAGCUCCACCGAGGCCUCGGGCUCCGACGUGUUCCUGGGCGGCCGCGGCGGCGCCGGCGACUCCCGGCUGCUGCAGGAGCUGCAGGAGCUGCAGGGGCGGCCGAGCCAGCGGCACCAGAUGCAGUACCUGCGGCGGAAAGAUAGUAAUGAACUGAAGACGAUCCUUCAAGAGCUAAAGUACAGAAUUGGCGUUCAGUCGGCCAAGUUACUUCGGCAGCUGAAGCAGAAAGAUAGGCUUCUGCAUAAAGUACAGAAGAACUGUGAUAUUGUGACUGCGUGCUUGCAGGCCGUGUCACAGAAGAGAAGAGUUGACACGAAGUUGAAGUUCACUCUUGAGCCAUCUUUAGGUCAAAAUGGUUUUCAGCAGUGGUAUGAUGCUCUCAAGGCAGUUGCCAGACUAUCGACAGGAAUCCCAAAGGAAUGGAGGAGAAAGGUUUGGUUGACCUUGGCAGAUCAUUAUUUGCACAGUAUAGCCAUUGAUUGGGACAAAACCAUGCGCUUCACUUUCAAUGAAAGGAGUAAUCCUGAUGAUGACUCGAUGGGCAUUCAGAUAGUCAAGGAUCUUCACCGCACAGGCUGCAGUUCUUACUGCGGCCAGGAGGCUGAGCAGGACAGGGUUGUGUUGAAACGGGUCUUGCUGGCCUAUGCUCGAUGGAACAAGAAUGUUGGGUACUGCCAAGGUUUUAACAUCCUGGCUGCACUAAUUCUGGAAGUGGUGGAAGGCAACGAAGGGGAUGCGCUGAAAAUUAUGAUUUACCUUAUUGAUAAGGUGCUUCCUGAAAGCUAUUUUGUCAAUAAUCUCCGGGCGCUGUCCGUGGAUAUGGCUGUCUUCAGAGACCUCUUGAGACUGAAGCUCCCUGAACUGUCUCAGCACCUGGACAUUCUGCAGAGAACUGCCAACAAGGAGAGUGGAGGUGGAUACGAGCCCCCACUGACGAAUGUCUUCACGAUGCAGUGGUUUCUGACUCUGUUUGCUACGUGCCUCCCGAACCACACAGUUUUAAAGAUUUGGGAUUCAGUCUUCUUUGAAGGUUCAGAAAUCAUCCUAAGGGUGUCGCUGGCGAUCUGGGCAAAAUUGGGAGAGCAGAUAGAAUGUUGUGAAACAGCAGAUGAAUUCUAUGGCACCAUGGGGCGCCUCACCCAGGAGAUGCUGGAGAAUGACCUUCUGGAAAGCCAUGAACUCAUGCAAACUGUUUAUUCUAUGGCUCCGUUCCCUUUCCCCCAGCUGGCAGAACUGAGGGAAAAAUACACCUACAACAUUACUCCCUUCCCAGCCACUGUUAAACCCACCUCAGUUUCUGGACGACAUGGUAAGGUCAGAGACAGUGAUGAAGAGAAUGACCCAGAUGAUGAAGAUGCUAUUGCUAAUGCCGUGGGAUGUCUUGGACCUUUCAGUGGGCUCCUGGCGCCUGAACUGCAGAAGUUCCAAAAGCAAAUGAAAGACCCAAACGAAGAGCAGAGCCUGAGAUCUAAUAACAUCGCGGAGCUGAGUCCAGGAGCCAUCAAUUCCUGUCGAGGUGAAUACCACGCCGCUUUUAACAGUAUGAUGAUGGAGCGCAUGACCACAGACAUCAACGCGCUGAAGCGGCAGUAUUCUCGCAUUAAGAAGAAGCAGCAGCAGCAGGUCCAUCAGGUGUACAUCAGAGCAGACAAAGGGCCAGUGACCAGCAUUCUCCCGUCUCAGGUAAACAGCUCUCCGGUUAUAAACCACCUUCUUUUAGGAAAGAAGAUGAAAAUGUCAAACAGGGCUGCCAAGAAUGCUGUCAUCCACAUCCCUGGUCACACAGGAGGCAAAAUAUCUCCUAUCCCCUAUGAGGACCUCAAGACGAAGCUCAACUCUCCGUGGCGAACUCACAUCCGAGUCCACAAAAAGAACAUGACGAGGACCAAGAGUCAGCUGGGCUGCGGGGACACCGUGGGGCUGAUAGAGGAGCAGAAGGAGGCCUGCAAGGCCAGGCCCCGGGGGGCGGCAGAGGUGUUUCCCUCCGGCUGUGCAGCCACAGCCCGAAGAGAAGGUGGUGGCUCCCAGGGCAGCGCAGGGAGGACAAUCGAGGGCCAGUCUCCAGAGCCAGAGUUUGGGGACGCCGAUGCCGAUGUGUCUGCGGUUCAGGUGAAGUUGGAAGCCUUGGAACUGAACCAAGGGGCUGCUGCUGCUGAAACGGAGCCCGGGGUGCACCCUCCCCGCCCGCGGCCCUUCCUGGAGCCCCCGGAGGCACCCGCAGAAAACAAAGCCACCAGCAAACCUCCCCAAGGCAGCCACCCGAAAACUGCCAUCUUUAGCCCCUUUCCCAGUGUAAAGCCCCUGCGGAAGUCAGCCGCCGCCAGGAAUUUGGGAUUGUAUGGACCUACAGAAAGAACCCCAACUGUGCACUUCCCGCACAUGAGCAGGAGCUUCAGCAAGCCCAGCAGUGGGAACAGUGGCACCAAGAAGCGGUGAUGUGGCCCAGAAACUGUGACGUCUCUCAGAAACUUGGUAUCUAGAUUCGCUUUUUCGUGGUAGUGUGAGGGUUCCAGCUGAAUGGCUCCUAAAGUGUUUCCCUUGUCCAGUGAAAACAAAUAGUCAGGUUCCGAGAUGAGCAGCAGUGUAUAAACAGGGGAACUGGAAGUUUUAUAACGAGAGCAAGAAUAGGGAUGUUUCCGCGUCAGCUGAUAACCGAUACAGUGGAUUCUUGUGGCAAAAUAAAUAUUGUGGUUUUAAAGUGUGAAGUUUUUCCAAGUGUUCAUUGUGAGCUGUUUAGAGACGACGAUGUGUCUAGACUGUUAACCGCUCUUCCUGCCUCCUAUUUGGGGCGCCUUCAGGGUCCCUGUGACAACACCCCCAAACCUUCCAGUUCUCUGGGUGUUGUUAAUACUCAAGCAUGCACACACUAGCUUGCUAGAACAGAAAGUGUAAAAAGAAAGUAAGUUUCUUAGUUGCAAAAAACUUCCCAACUUUCCUCUUGAUGCCCUGUUGGGGGGAAUGUUUGUGUGUGUAAAUUUUCCUGCAGUAGUUUCUUUUAGCCAAUCUCAAAAUUGUUUUUUAUUCUUAUGAUAAAGUGCAGAAGAAAAAUCUAGAUAGCCUUUCUUUCCCUUUCUGUUUCUACCUGUGAAAUGAAGAAGACCUUUCAUCUGUUGAAAUUGAGGUUGAUCGCGGACCUGAAGACCUCACGCAGAGAACACAGAUGGGAAGUGCAUUAAGCGAUUGCUCUGAGCAGUCUGCUGAUUCCACUGAGCUCUCCCCACGGUUCAUUCUCUCCUCAUAAGGAGAGUUUGGUCCUCAGUGGUGGGAUGACGUGACGAGCUCUCCGUGGAGUUUGUCCCGUGUCCUCCGCCACGCAGCUCAUUUACCUACCAGCUCCCACCGCAGAUGCGGUGAGGCCUCUGCUCAAAGCCAGAACAUGGCACCUGCAGCUCUGUUACUUGAAUUUGUGCUUUUUUGAUUGGAGUACUUUGUUGAGUACUUUGUUACUUGAACACUGCCCUUCUCUGGAGAAGGCGUUAGUGCUUUCUAGCUCUCUCACCCACUCCUCCCUGGUCCCAGCAGGUCAGAGACAGCACCCUUUAUCUCCACUAUGCAGAUGGGAACUCUGAGCCACACCAGGUGAAGUAGCACUUCAGAUGCUCAAGGGGAAAUCUCCCAGGAUUCCAUGUGUCUAGCCGCAUUUCCUCCAGGACAAUAGGCAGGUCUAAUGCUCUUUGUACACAGAUGCAUUGGCUACAUAGUUUCUAGAAACCGAGACUGGGAAGCCAUUCGCUACACUCCCUCCUGACUCAGAGGACCCUUCUCCGGAUGGCACAGAGUCCUGCGAUGGCGUUUCACAAAACCAGCUCUGACUUUCUUGCCUGAAAAGGUGGUUCAUUUUUAAAUGCUUCAUGCAGCUGUCACUUGGCUGAACAAAAGGCUCAAUCCCCUUCUCCCACCAUCGUUAGAAGAAUAGACUCAGCAUCUUCAUCCUCAUCUCUGGAAGACCUAGGCCGUGCUUGCCGGCCUGUUGUUGAUGCAGUCAAUAUUAAUCUGAGCUAAUUGGAUCGCUAAUUUUGAAACCAAAGCUAUAGUUUUAGAGAGGGCUUUUACUAUGAGAGGUACUAAUUUUUAUAAUAAAAUAGAGAAUGUGGUUGUCUGGGCUUUUUUGAACAGAAAACACCAGAAGGACAUAUACAGUCAGAAAAGCCAUUUUAUCCCUUUCAUGGUAUUUUUACCCCCAAAGGAACUAAAGAUGGGAAAUAUGACUAAUCAGUUAUCGCAGUUUUGGUCUUGAAUUCUGUGCCAUCUGAAGUUAGCAUACAGCCUCUCACAAAGCAGCCGUGCCCACAGCCUGCGUCUUGGGAAGGGUGUAGGUGGAGAGUGGGGGUUACUUUGCAUACCACGCCGGGUCGAGACCCACUGCAUUUUCCAAAGUUGAGCAAAUGACAUGAUUUUCUUCCAUCUGCUAAACUUUAUGGAUAAGAAUGAUUCUACUUUAUAUUCUUUUCUCCUCCCCCGUCCCAAAUGAGUCAGAAUAGUCACAUUCCCCUUGAAGGAUGUCUGACUUGAAUAGAGAAUUGUUUUUUCCUCUCUUGAGUCAGCUCCCAGCUCCCGGAGGGUCAGGGUUCAGGGAGGUGGGUAACGGGGGUGGGGGUGGGGGAGGACACUUACUACAGUCCUUAGGAUGGCGUCACUGUUGUCUACCAGCUGUCUUAGUGUUAGCAGCACAUGCCGCCUCCGUUUCCGGUGUCGGUCCUCCUGAGAAAGGGAUGGAUGAUAUGGCGCACGGUCUGGGAUAAGUAUCUGUUGAAUGAAUGAAUAACUCAAAGGAUAAUAGUCCUUUGAGGUAAAAAGACCUUGUCAGGAUGUUAAAAACCAACAGAUUCCUGUUAAAGCACUCUCUGUACCAAUAACGUGCUUGUGUAGUACCCUGUAAUCACAGUGUGCGUGGGUCAAUUUAUGAGCCUUGCCUACGUUAGAAAAUAGAGAAACCUACAGUACCCUCUACCACGCAGCAUGUGCAAAGACCAGUAUGGACUUGUGAUCGUCCCUGCAUAUUGGACCCCGUAUGCAAGCACCAGAAGUUCUCACCAAGUAGCAGGUUCUUUAUUUCUAGAUAUGUCUGUACCCUGUUAGCUCUUCAGCUGGGAGUCAACUCCUUUGGAUGCCUCUGCACCUCAGUCCUCUUCCAAAAGUCUCCAGAUGAUCUAAACCUAGUUUGUAAUGUCGACCUAUGGGCUCUAACUGUUUGGAACACUAUAUUCCUUUUUUUGUCUCUCCUGUUAUUCUGAAGAACUGUACUGAUCGCAAAGAUGCAUAAAGAUUCUUGUUGUCGUA